GGUGUUCGAAAACAAAACAAAGAGAGGCGUUCAGGGUUCCCAAUUUGUCAUCAGCUACGGCCACACAAGGUUGAACUCUCACUUCCAAAGUUCCAAUAUGGACCUAGACUCGCUUCAUACUCAAGAGGAUGAGACACUCUGUGAGAGAAUUUACUCCCUGGUGAGUGCGAUUUCACUGGUGAUGCUGAUAGCCACACCUCACCGGCUUGCAGGUCGACACUAUAGGGAUUGCAGGAGCGAUUGAAUCCAUGCCUAGGACAACCGGUGCCCCAGUAAAGCCCAUGGAAGAUUUAGACCUCGGCUGCAUUGAGAGAAGUCGGGUAAGCACCUCGCCGAAACGUUAAAUAAAGUAAAGAUCAACUCAUUCUCAGCAGGUGAACUAUGCUGCCAUGCCACAAACACUCAAGGCUCCCCAUAAUGCUCCUCGCAACGUGCCUCCCACUGAUCCCGCCACAUUUGAUGCCUGGAUCGUCUCUCUCUUUCUCUGGGAGAAGGUGGAUGACACAUACCAGCACCCAGAGUGGCUACAUGAGCGCGAACAGCCUCCAUGCCAACCUCCACCCACUGAUCCUGCGGAAUUCGACGCCUGGAUUGUCGCCAUGAUACGAAGCA